AUGUCUGAGUCCGAGGCUCGCAAUCAGCUCGAGACCAAUUUCUGGGGCCCAGUUCAUAUAACUCAGAAAGCGCUUCAGAUCUUUCGGGAGGUGAAUCCUAAGGGUCAGGGUGGUACGAUUGUUCAAGUCUCCUCGAUUGGAGGAUUCCUAACUGCACCUGGACAUUCGUUUUACCAUGCUAGUAAAUUUGCACUCGAAGGCUUCACGAAAUCGGUCGCGAAGGAGGUUCGUCCGGAAUGGAAUAUUCAUUUCUUGAUCGCUUCGCCUGGAGGUAUGCGUACGAACUUUGCACAGUCUAGCCUCGAGUCACCACCUAGACACCCAGCCUAUGAUUCCCCUGAUGGUUCGUUCAGUCAGUUGAUUGAUCAUAUUCAAUCUCAGUCCACUUGGAGUGACCCUGAUCAUUGCGCUCAGGUUCUCUUUGAUUGCGUUGUUAGGCAAUAUGAGCGUCCUCUUCCUAUUCGCUUGUUAAUGGGGGCGGACACCAUUCCCUAUGUGAAAGGGGAAAUCAACCAGAUGCUAGAAGAGAUAGAGGUUUGGGAGAAUCAAACUCUACGGUGCUCAUAA